AUGGAUCGUUUGAAAGUGUUUGACUGGGAAACGAUUUCAAACGAUCCAGCCAAACGAUCAAAACGAUCCAGUCAAACGAUCCAAACGAUCCAGCCAAAAAACUUUAAACGAUCCAGCCAAACGAUCCAAACGAUCCAGCCAAACGAUUUCAAACGAUCCACCAAACGAUCCAAACGAUCCAGUCAAACGAUCCAAACGAUCCAGCCCAAACGAUCCAAAACGAUCCAGUCAAACGAUCCAAAACGAUCCAGUCAAACGAUCCAAACGAUCCAGCUAAAAAUUUUAAACGAUCCGGUCAAACGAUCCAAACGAUCCAGCCAAAAAAUUUUAAACGAUCCAGUCAAACGAUCCAAACGAUCCAGCCUAAAAAAAUCAAACGAUCCAGCCAAACGAUCCAAACGAUCCAGUCAAACGAUCCAAACGGUCCAGUCAAACGAUCCAAACGAUCCAGCCAAACGAUUUCAAACGAUCCAGUCAAACGAUCCAAACGAUCCAGUCAAACGAUUGCGAGCAAAACGCUGCGGUCUACUGACGUAG